GUCAGAGUCUCCAAAAGUCUCCAGUAACAUCAGAAAAAGUCGCUAGAUUUGUCGCUAGUCGCUUUUUUGAAAACGAGUCACUAGAGGGGUCUAAAAACUCGCUAACUAAAGCGACAAAAUCGCUAAGUUGGCAACACUGUGUGUCUCAAGUACACACGUUUUUGUGUGUUACACUGGCCUCUAGUGACCAAAUAAUUUGACUGCAUCUGAAACGGUCCAAUCAACGCUUCGGGGGGGAGGGCAGGACGGACUCACCUGUUGCUGCCUGAGACCGACCCCCCUGUCAAUAACGCGAGUCCCCGGCAGUAGCCAGGGCUGAAGGGAAGAGACACGCUUAUACAAGUGGACGGACUUUGUUGAAGCUGUAACAAUGAACCACCCUCGAACGCUUCGACUCGAAUACGGGAAGUCCGUGCAAGUCGUGUGUGUAGUCGGAAGGGAGCUGACAGUCGGAUUGCAAAGGAGUGCCCCGCCUGGUGCCAAAAGCUUCUCUGUGCAGUGCAGCCCUACAGUGCAGUACAAGAUAGAGCCCAGACCCAGUGAUGGCAGCUUGCCUACACAGCCCCUUGUCAAGAUGUCUACCCUGUUGUUCACCAUGGACACGGUCAGCAAACAGGCCAAUGAGAGUAAGCUGUCCGUCAGGUAUUAUGGAGAGAAGACGGAGGUGCUGGCGACAGCCAUCGUCCACCUCACCACCAUCGGUAUCUCGCUGGAUGUGGAUGCGGACCGGGACGGCGUCGUGGAGAAGAAUAACCCGAACAAGGGCUCCUGGAAGUGGGGUCCCAAGGGACACGGGGCCAUUCUCCUGGUCAACUGUGACUCCGAGUCCGUAUACAAUAAACAACUGGACCUCGAAAGGGAGGAGGUAACAAAGGUCUCAGACCUGAAGGACAUGUCCCGCAUGAUUCUUCGUACCAGUGGGCCAGACCAGCUCCCAAAGGGCUACAAGCUGGUUAUGCACAUCAACAAGAGCGACAGCGAGAGAAUCAGAGUGUUCCGGCGCCAGGGGGGCACAAGCCAGAGCUUUUUCAACAACUUGCUGAAGAACUUCAUCAGGGAGUUCCCUGUGGUUCUAAGCCAUGACGUUCUGUCUCGGGAGGUGCCGUACAAGGGCACCGGUGAGCUGGAUUUCUAUGUGGAGGGUCUGCGGUUUCCAGACAGGGACUUUGACGGCCUGGUGACGGUGUCCCUCAGCCUGCUGGAGCCCUGCAGCCAGGAUUUCCCGGAGACGCCUAUCUUCACCGAUAAGGUAGUGUUCCGAGUCGCUCCCUGGAUCAUGACGCCCAACACUCUCAAACCUGUGGAGGUAUUCGUGUGCAGUGUGAAGGACAACAGUAAGUUCCUGAGGAGCUUCAAGGAUCUGGUUGCCCGGAGUGCCUGCAAGAUGACAGUGUGCUACGAGUACAUGAACCGCGGGGACCGCUGGAUGCAGGACGAGGUAGAAUUCGGCUACAUAGACUCUCCUCACCAGCGCUUCCCAGUGGUGCUGGACUCCCCACGUGACAGGGAACUCCAAGAUUUCCCAUACAAUGUUCUACUGGGCCCAGACUUUGGUUAUGUGACCAGAGAGCCCCAAGAUGAGGAAGUGAGCAGCCUGGACUCUUUUGGCAACCUGGAGGUCAGCCCCCCAGUCACGGUGAAUGGGAAGAGCUACCCGCUAGGCAGGAUCAUCAUCGGAGUGGCGUUUCCCACAACGGAUCAUGGUCGCAACAUGACAAGAGUAGUCCAAGAUUUCCUGUGGGCUCAGAAAGUUCAGGAGCCCAUUGCACUCUACUCUGAUUGGCUCAUCGUGGGUCACGUGGACGAGUUUAUGACCUUUGUCCCAGCUCCUGACAGGAAGGGUUUUCGCCUCCUGCUGGCCAGCCCAGAUGCUGCAUACAAACUCUUCAGAGGAUUACAGAAGAAUGGCUUUGGCAAGGCCAAGCAGUUUGACGGUCUUGAGUUAGCAGAACCAAUUUUGGUGGAUGACCUCCUGAGUGACGAAACCUUCCGCGAUGAAAACAGAUACGUUCAAGGCUGUAUAGACUGGAAUCGAGAUGUCCUUAAGAGGGAGUUGGGCCUGGAGGAGGAAGACAUUAUCGAUCUUCCCAUCCUUUUCAAAGUGUCCGAAAGGGAAAUGCGAGCCGCAGCCUUCUAUCCUGAUAUGGUGAAUAUGAUCGUUCUUGGUAAGAACCUCGGCAUCCCCAAACCAUUCGGUCCUAAGGUGAAUGGACAGUGUGUCCUGGAAGCAGAGAUGCGCUCACUGUUGGAGCCACUGGGUCUCAACUGCAUCUUUGUGGACGACUUUGCCACCUACCACCUGAAACUGGGAGAAGUGCACUGUGGCUCCAACGUUCGGCGUGAGCCCUUUGAGUUUAAGUGGUGGAACAUGGAGCACUAAGGCGGUGGGGGGGGUGGGGUCGAGCAGAGGCGGCUAAUGUCAAGGGCAAAUCAGUCAGCUAACCCAGUGUGUCUCAACUGGGUCCACGGGGACACCCUCAGAUGAUCCACGUUUUUGGUAGGGAGCUGUGAGGGAGCAAAAAUGUGGACUGUCUGGGGGUUCCUGAGGACUGGGUUGGGAAACACAGAGCUAACCAAUCAGAAUCAUCAGUUCCACACAUGACCAUCUCUCAAAGACUAAAACAGAAGAAGAAGAAGAAAUUGUCGAAUGGAUAAUGAAUGCUCAAAGUCUAAAUUUUUCUACUAGUUUUACCGAAUGUGGUAUUGUAACAUUUAGCCUGUUUUAUUAAAUCUUACAUUACCUUUAUGAUUUCUGUGUAUUUUCUUCAUCUGAUGACACUCUUUUGUGGACCAGCUUGCUCAUGUAUGUCAUCUUUGUGAACAUCAUAAGGUCUAAGAACCCAUUAAAAUUGCCUGUUAAUGUGAAAUGAAAA